AUGCACCCCUUGCUCGACCCGUUUCUCUAUGAUUCGAUGCGCGUUUGUCAGAUAAUACGCAAUACGGGGCCAGAAGAAACGCCACGGCCAACAAAUCUCUCCAUUACGGAUAAUUCUAUCCAGCCCACACUGAACGCUACAUCUCAUCCAGAUUUGGUGAAGGAUGAUAAACGUUCCCGCGCUAUCUCUAUUGGCUAUGAUCAACUUGAGCUGGAUCCCCAGCAACUGGAGGCGGCAACUGAAAAAUGCCGUGAAUAUUGGUAUUGUCUUGCAGCAAUGGCGAUUUCGCGAUGUCGUGAAGGGCUCCCACCGGCCUCUACCAACCCUCGGAAUAUGCUGAACCGGAUUCCUGCAAUCCGUACCGGCCUUGGAAAUAUCAUAUCCUCCACCUGGCGCAUAACUGAGGCCGCAAACUGCGGUGUCGCCGAAAAAGUGAGGGAGGUCCAAGGGUUGCUACAGAUAGGCAGUCAAGCACCAAUACCCUGCAUAUUUGGUGGAGAAAGCUUUCGUCAGUGGAUUGGGAGUUCGGACGAAGCAAGGGGCGCGCCGAUUUAUCUAGGUAUUCUGGCCAUAGGAUGGUCGUAUAUCCUCUCUGCCCACUUGGUAGAGAUGAGAGGGGAGGGCGCUGAGAUGAGCUGUACAAACUCAAGGGUUACAGCGUAUCUGCAAGAAGCCGAACGUGUCAAUGCUCCGCUGUUCAUCGUCGACCUUGGCGAGCUAGACGAGGAGGAAGCUAGGUGGUGGGCUGCCAUCCUGGCCCCCAGUGAAGGUUGGAGGGCGAUCGUCUCUCAGCGGAAGAUGGAGAGUAUUUGGCUUCCUGGGAAUUCUCUUAUUCAUCACCCUCCGUCCUCCAGAAAGGCGUUCGAGUACCUUGCACGAUUUUCUUCGCGGCACAACUUAGGCAGCCAAUUUCUCGUGGGACUCACAACAGCCAUGACUUUUCCUACACAUAAUUACCAUGGAACGGUGGUCCAGUUACCAUUACCAGCUGAGAGUACCGGUCAACAGAAGAACACCUCUCUCAAGUCAAGUACACCGGAUUGGGCUACAGUGAGUGACCAGCUCUCUUACUAUAUAACUUUGAGUUGCAGCCUUGAAGUGGUCAUAUCGAUCCUGUGUGGUAUGUUCUGGGAGUCCGACGUUACAUGCAAUAUGGUCAGUCCUUGGUUACAUCCCAUUUUGCGAGAAGUCCCAGAAGGCCAAGGGAUUGCCAGAACUCCAGGUCUUUAUCAUGAAAUCCUUGCCAUCAUGUGCAGCUUUCGUCGACCGCAGGUUUUCACGCUUUGGCUCGGUGCUGUUGCUAGUGGGCUGACACCAACAAUUCUUUGUCAAGUUGCGAGGGGUAGGCCACCCCUUGAUGCGAAUGCUUUCCCGUGGACCGGUUGUCCACAGUCUUUCAUGGAUGUUCCAGGUUCAGGAUCAUAUAUCUGUGAGGGAUCGACUGACAAAGUUCGGAGAGCAGAUGUGUGGCGUCUUUUACACCUACCACCAGUCACCGAAGAUGAUCUACAUUAUGAAAGCCGCCCGUUUACACCAUGGGCUCCGAUUGGGGACACUACUGUCCGUAACUGUGUGUCUCGAGUUAUUGUUCAUUUGAAUUGUUCGAGACACAACUUUGGGUACCAGCACUGGAACUGGACUUUGGAGGACGGAACAGUCAUUGAAGAUCAAGGCUAUGAAAGUACGGCUGGCGACAGCUUUCCAGAGGAAAGUAAUCUAAAUAUGGAUAUGAUAGCAGAUCUAGUGUUCCAUCAGAAAUCACUCGAUCAAGAAGCAUCUCGGGAGGCGUCCCUUGACAUAUUUCGAUGGGUUACGGUCAACGGCGAAGGAACUCCACCCGAGAAAGUAUACAGGGAUGCUUGGGUACAAUUUGAGGAUGACAGUGAUGAAGAGACGGAUGCGUCAAACGAUGACAAUAUUGUGUGCUAUGAACGAGGAGGUGGAGUGGGAGAGUGGCUUGACCGGAUUAUAUAG